AUCCAACAAGGUGUUCCUACACUAACUCGAGCUCAGGCUUGUCCUCUCCCAUCAUCGAUGCGAUUAAUCGCCCCACGGGUAUUUAGCCCUAAAUUAUUUUCGCUAUCGGUUAUUUGAACAACAUGCUACGCAUAUUCCAUGACUCCUCAUUCGUACUUAAAGCUCCUCUCUUCUCCCUCAUCCUCAUCCUUCUCCAUCCUCUAUUUACCAUCUCCUGAAAUCAUCAAACCCCAAUCAAUUACCCUUCUUCCGCGAUGACCACCACCGACAGGUACUCUCCGAGAGAUGGCGAUGCUGUGCUCCCUCUCUUCUCCCUGAAGGGCCGUACCGCUAUUGUCUCGGGAGCCGGUGCCGGUAUUGGGUUAGCCGUAGCGGACGCUCUUGCUGAGGCUGGUGCGAACGUUGCCAUCUGGUACAACAGCAACAAAAAAGCCGUUGAGAGAGCUGAAGCAAUUGGCAAGAAAUGGGGUGUUAAAGGUAUACGUGCCUCUGAAAUCUCACCCAUCUCGUCUAUCACUUGACUAACAUUGGCAACUCCUAUCCAGCCGCUGCCUACCAGGUGGAUGUGACCUCGCAAAAAGCGGUACAAGAGGCGGUCGACAAGAUCGUAUCAGAGUUCAACAACCGUCUCGAUAUCUUCGUUGCAAACGCCGGAAUCCCUUGGACCAAGGGAGCUAUCCUCGAUGCGGGCGAGGAGGGAUUCGAUCACUACCGCAGGAUCAUCGCUACCGAUCUCGAUAGUGUUUACUUCUCCGCCUAUGCUGCCGGGCUGCACUUCCGCCGCCAAGGAACCGGUUCGUUCAUUGCUACCGCUAGUAUGAGCGGCCACAUCACCAACAUUCCGCAGCUGCAGACUGCUUACAACUCUGCCAAGGCUGCGGUUAUCCACUUUGUGAAGGGAAUCGCGGUUGAGUGGGCUGGUUUUGCGAGAGCGAACUCGGUCAGUCCGGGUUAUAUCGCUACUGAGAUUAGCGCCUUUAUGCCCAAGGAGACCAAAGAUAUUUGGAAGGAGAAGAUUCCUUUCCAGUAGGUUUUCUGUAGUCCUCCUAAGGUUUCAGACCGUGCAGAGCUAAUGCGGUGCAGCCGUGAGGGAUUGGCGAACGAGCUCAAAGGCGCUUACCUCUACCUUGCUAGUGACGCUGCCUCGUAUACCACCGGAACGGACAUCAUUGUCGAUGGGUAUAUCUCACUAUCUCGCUCAAUCACGGGCGCAACAUAA